AUGAGGAUGCAGGCCCUGUACCAACUCACUGGGACUACCGGACAGUCUUUUCAGACUCCGGCUCUGGGAAUGGGCUUGAUUCCAGGUGUUCCUGCAUUUUUUCAACACUUUCACACCGGGCAGCACCCACAGCUUGUAGCUGUUUCUGCAGCAAAUCUUCAAGCGCAGCAUGGCUUGCUCUUAUCAAGUGGUCCUUCUGUAACAAAUAAUCAAUUGGAGACGAACGACAAGCACAAGGAAGAGCAACAAGCUGAAUUCGAUCUUCAAAUACAGAUUCAGCAACAGCUGGCUGGGAUAGGUCCGCAACUUCCUUCAUCUCACUCACAGGUUGCAUCCAUUCCUCAGCCUGACCCCGGCACAAGUAGCGAAACAGAUGGAGGAUUAGAUACGGCUCCAAAACGUCUCCACGUUUCCAACAUACCGUUUCGAUUCCGCGAUCCUGACUUAAGGAUGAUGUUUGAAAAGUUUGGUUCUGUGAUUGAUGUGGAGAUCAUAUUCAACGAAAGAGGAAGCAAGGGGUUUGGUUUUGUUACAAUGGAGAAAGCUGCAGAUGCUGAAAAGGCUAGGCAGGAGCUUCAUGGUUCCAUGGUGGAGGGAAGGAAAGUGGAAGUAAAUUGCGCAACCGCCCGAAUACACUCGAAGAAAGUAAAACCAUUGCCCGGGGUGCUGGAUCAGGCCAUGACUGCAUCGGCCUUACAAAAUGCUGCCCUUGCUCAAGCUCAAGUGACGCGAGCUUUAUACAUGCGAAAUCCAUUGGUUGCCCAAUCUUUGUUAGCAAGAAGUGGAAUAUUGACUGGAUUGCCGCAGUCAUCUGUGCCUCUUCCGAUAACUGGCAAUUCACUUACCACUACUCAUUUGCAAGGACAGCAUCUACUGCUUGGAGCUGCUGGGUUUCAGCAAAACGCUGCUCUGCAGCAAGCUGCGUUUGCUUCUGAUCAAACAGCAGCAGCAUUGUUGACUGAGCAGGCUCGACUUCAGCUCGCUGCGGCAGCGCAAGCGCGUAUCCCCACCUCGGCAGGUACUUCUCUUGGUGAGCAAUACCUUGGACAAGCCCUCACUGCUGCUCUUCCUGCCUAUCCUAUCAAUCAGGCGUAUCGGAGCAUCAACCGCUUUGCGCCCUAUUAGCAUGCAUUGCACACGCUUGACGAUGUGCUUAACCUCCAUUACUAAUCUUUUUGUUCACGACAGACUGUUGUCGUCAUUUGUGACAUGGUUUAUCAUCUCCUUUAAUAAUCAUCAUCAUUGCUAUCAGCAACAUCAUCACCACCAUUAUUAUCAUAAUCAUUAUCAUCAUCAUCAUCAUCAUCAUCAUCAUCAUCAUCAUCAUAAUCAUCAUCAUCAUCGUCAUCAUCAUCAUCAUCAUCAUCAUCGUCAUCAUCAUCGUCAUCAUCAUCACCAUCAUCUUUAUCAUCUUCACAUCAUUAUCAGCAUCAUCAUCAUCACCAGCAGCUUAAUCGUAGUCAUGUUUCUCACCAUUGCUAUUGUCGGGAGCAUCAUGUCAAGAUCUGCGAACAUUUUGGUGGGUAGAGGAACGAACGCCUCAAUUAGGGGUGGAGGACUAUAUGCCGCCGAAUGUGGAAGAGUCUCGCGCGGACUUCCUGCAGGAACGCAUGUCCGCGCAUAUAUAAGGGUGCGUAUUUGUCGCAAAUGAUCGCGGGGAUCGCCCUUUUUCGGCGACACAUAGUCCUCUACUCAAUUAGGCAUCGCCUCCUCGAGCUGCUGGUCCUUUCGUCCUGUUGUUGUGCAUCGUGUUGGGACCAGUGGUCCGCGGAGGCGGUGCCUAAUUGAGGUGUUCGUUCUUCCACCCCAUUUUUGUAGGAGAGUGGUGUAUCUCCGAGCACAACAGUGUUUGCUUGCAGUCAAGGAUCUGGAAGUUUUUGCACGCUCAGAAGGAAAUGAACUUUGAGAGAACACAAUGACUUAUCAGCUGCAGCAGCAUUUAUCUUGUUUACAACAAUGUGACGAACAUUUGUGACGGCUAAGCGCUAGUACACCAUUUAUAUACCCUGUUUUUCUUGCUAUACCGUCUCGGAAAAUUUCGUUUUUUUUUCAUGUCAGAUAUUUCUCAGCUUGGAAGUUUUACGUUGCGGGAUAUGAACUCUCGCAUUUGCGAAUGCUUUAAUCUGCAUAAUGUUGCAAUUAACCGCAUUUCUUGUUCUCUCUUGUAUAUUAUGUAUGAUCUCUCUCAAAGAUAUGUUUCUGGUGCUCUUAAGAGUUUGUUACAUCUGUUAUAAUGAAUGAAGGAGAUAAGUUUGGUUUUCAUUGCUUGCCGAUUAGCGCGGAAGUUCUGCACGUUAAUUGGUUCUGUAGCUUUGUUAUGGACUUUGUAGCCGCCGGGAUGUAUAGCUCUGGUCAAGGAGUGUCAUCGUACUCGUGCAUUUUCAUUAUGUUUUUUUAAGCGGGAAUAACACAGUCAUUCUAAUGUUGAUUGUCAGUUCUCCGAAUAUCAUUAUCAUUGUUGGACUUGCGACUUUGUUUUUGGUGGAUGCAGUGUGACGUCUUAGUCUUCAAAGAAUGUGACGAAGGUGUUCUAGUAAAAUGAGAGGUCUUUACGCUUGCAUCGCUAUUCUCCUUGUUCCUCUGUUAUGAUCAUGCUUUCUGUGGUGCAAUGUCCUCACGGUUGUACAACUCCCCAAAGCAUUCUGUUUUUGUGCGAAUGUCCAUGUUUUACGAAGAGGUGCGGCUAUUUACACGGUGAGCUACGGCUAAUCACGAUGAUGUGAUAAACCUACAAAAAGAAGUGGUCUCAACUCGAUUUGUGAGCAGCUGCUUACUACAUCGUGAAUGUGCCUGUGUGGG